AAAGUCUUUGUUAUCAGGGGAUUGUGUUAAAGAUAGACUAGGAUUAAGAGUGAUUAACUUUGCAUAUACCCUAAUACUCAUAUGGAAAUAAAUGUUAUGGAAUGAAUCUAGUCAUGAAUGAAAUCUGUCUGUCCUUAACUUCUCAGAAACACACGCAAGUGAAUUGUCUUUUGAAAAGAUUUUGCUUGUUUUGAGUAGGACUGUAUCAUUCUUUUUGUCUUGCUCGUGAACACAAACAGGUUUCGCCUGUGUGUGUGCGUCUGUGUGUGUCUUGGCUGAUGUGUUUUCCUCUUCUUCCUUCCACUGGAGUGAAAGUUACAGCGUCUGUCGCUCGUCAUGACGGUCUUGCAUCGAUGAAGGGGUUUUACACAGGAAAUUAAGAGAAACUGCACUUUAGAUUGGUGUAGAUAUGGCUCAUCGUUCCCAGUGCUCCUCUGCAGGGGACAAUCCCCUGGACCCCAACUACCUGCCCCCUCAUUACCGUGAGGAAUACCGAUUGGCGAUUGAUGCCCUGGUUGAAGCUGACUUGGAGGGCUACUAUGGGUUUCUUCAGGAAGCAGAUGUGGUUGAUUUCUUAUCCCGUUCAGAGAUUGAGUAUAUCAAACACAUAGUGCAGGCUCCACAUCACGGCGCCCAACCAGAGAGGAGAUACAUGGCUGAAGAUGUAGAUGGCUCUUCUGACACUUACUGGCCGGUACAUUCAGACCAUGAUGCUCCAAGCCUUGACUUAGGCUGGCCACAGCAAUACAGAUUUGUUGGACCCACUGAGGUCACUACAUUGGUGAACCCGUCGGUUCCUGAGAUGCCCAGUAUCAAGGAGCAAGUCCGCAGAAUGAUCAAGAAUGCACAACAAGUUAUUGCUGUGGUGAUGGAUAUGUUUACAGAUGUUGACAUCUUUGCUGAUAUCCUUGGUGCAGCGACACGUGGUGUGGCUGUUUAUGUUCUUCUUGAUGAACUGAAUGCUCACCAUUUUGUUGCGAUGGUGAACAACUGUAGGGUCAAUCUGGAUGAAUUAAAAUUCAUGCGGGUAAGAACUGUGUCUGGUAGUACCUAUUACUGCAGAACAGGAAAGACCUUUAAAGGUCAGAUGAUGGAUCGCUUUAUUUUGGUAGACUGCAGAGCUGUUUUAAGUGGUAACUAUAGCUUCAUGUGGUCUUUUGAGAAGAUACAUCGCUGUCUUGCUCAUCUAUUUCUGGGACAGCUUGUAACCACCUUUGAUGAAGAGUUUCGGAUUCUCUUUGCCCAUUCAGAGCCACUGGUUGUUGAAAAUGUUUUGGCAAAUAUGCCACACUAUAGUGGUGAACCUGAAAGUGACUACAACACAGAAAAGACCCACAUGUUUAACAGACAAUAUCCAACUAUGGGCAUGGAAUGGGCUGGACGUACAACAGAAGAUAAUUUAAAAUUGGGUUACAAAAUGUUACCCUUUAGAAGUGAAUCAAUCCACAGUGCAACAGAAGCGAAUCCCCCUGUUCCGAGGCACAUGACCCUGUCUGCUGCCCAUCAAUAUAGAGGGGACCAUCAAUUUAUAGAACAUGAAAGGCAAAUAAGAGGACCAAAUAAAACGCUUGGCUUCAAAAGACAUAGCUACGGAAAUAUAUCUGACUAUGAAUACAUGCCUCCUCAAAACCAUCCAACAAUAAGAGGUAACCAGUACAUGGAGGGAGCAAUGCCACAGGGCGGCCACUUUGCAAGGGAACCACAUAUUUACCAGGGAGCUGGAUUACAAUCUGGUUAUGACAUGUAUGAAAGGUUUAGAGGCCAAGGCCAACACAUCGAUCAGUUUUCAGGGCCUGUCUACCCUCAUGAGGGAGAUGAUGCUGAAACACCUGGAGCUUAUGACCAUAUUCAAAGAUACCUGCUGUCUCAACCUGCUAUGGAGGAAGGACAUGGUCCAAGAAAUGUAUUACCACAUAUGCAGACCAAUCUCAAGAGACAUAGCACGGGACAAUCUUAUACAUGCCAGACCUCCCCAACACAACCAAACCCGCCAGAACAUAAACGUUUCCUCAAUGUAAACCGCAAACCACAGGAUGCGAGUCAAAGGCAAGGCCUGCGGGACUGGAGGAUCAGCUCAUACCUCAGUGCAAAUGAUGAUGCAGGAGAGCUGGAUUUAGCUGAACUUGAAGGAUCCACUGCAUGUGAUGACAUUCCAUGUUUUCCGCAGGAAGCUAUUUGUGGCCCCAUACGUGCUGAAAUUAGACCAGGAAAUAGAGAGUUUAAUAGGAUACCUUCACCUAGGGAAAAUCCCACGUUUGUUCAAAUUCAAAAUGAUUCUAUUGUGCCUGACAGUUUAGUUAAUCCUCCAUCCGAUUUAUCACAGAUAAAUAUCAAAACAACACCAGCAUCAACUUCAGAGUCUUCUUGCACCACUGAGGGUGACAAAGCAGAGGAGAUGCAGAAGAGAGAACCUAAAGAGACUAACCGGAUAAAUGAAGAGUUCCUCAAAAGGAAACCCAACCGACCUGUCCAGAGGAGUUCCAGACUAAGACACUCACUGAUAUUCAGUUCAAAUCUGGAGCUGCAUACGCCAGAAGAGAUGAAAGAUACUGCUGGAGAAAAAGAUGGGGAUGAAGCUUCAAAACUUUCAGCUCGUGUGACACAAAUCUUAGAUAAACGGAGGACUGGUUCUCCAUUUCAACCAUUUCAGUGGAGCAAUUUUGUAAAGUCAGCCACAUUUGAUAACUCUACCUCAGAGUCUGCACAACCUCUGAACAAAAUGGGUGAAAAUUCUGAUGUAGAUAAGGUUGAAACCUGCCAAAAUAUUCAAAAGAAUUCAUUAAAGGGUAAUCUGCCUCAAACAGUUCCUGAAAAAAAUAGCCAAAGGGAUGGAUGUCCAUCUAAUUUAUUGCAAAAGCCAUCUUCUUUCAUAGAUAUGAAUGACCCUGACUAUAGACUGAGGUAUUUCAAAGAGUUAGCAGCCAAACGCAAACUUGCAGCAGCAAAGGCUUCUCAGAGCAAUCCGAUAAAAGCCACCCAAAAGUUUAAUCUACCAGAGAAACCUUUAGCUACCGAUGCAGAUAAAAAAGGGCCUGUCUUCAAAACCCCAGAAACUCCACUCAAGUCAAAAAAUACCCCUGCCACAGUAACAGAGAUCAAAGAAACUUAUAAAGACACCAGAUGUGAAGAAUCAAGUAAAGACAUCCUACAUAGAGCAACUGAUGCUGAAAAAAUUAGAUUUAAGAAAAAACUUGCAGAAGAGUCUGGCUCAACUUUAAAAAAUUUCAAGGGAGACAUUGAUCAAGCUCUUAAAUCUGUUGAAGGGGCAAGAACAGUAACUAACCAGACACCCCCCAUUUUAAACAUUGUUUCACAAAAGCCUCUCUGUGUCUUAGAAAAUCAAGUAGAGUUUGUUGCAUUAGAUACUACCUCAAAAGAAUCUGGUCUCAACCAAUAUCAUAUUCCUAAAGAAACAGAUCCCUCCCAUGCCUUUCUGACUGAGAGUUGUCUGCCUGUAAAGUUACCACAGACAAAGUGUGUGUCACCACUAAGCACCACUCCAAAUGAGGGAAGUCUAUCUGCAAAGGACUCGCAAAUUCUUGCACAGAGCCUACCCAAAAUUUCUAGCACAUGUUUUGAUACUUUGCCUCUUGAUUCUAAUUCAGUAGCAAACCUUGCAAUUGUAGAUACUGGUGUAGCUUCAAAAAAUGACCACAAAGACACAGUUCCCUCCCCAGCAUUUUCUACAACUGGAAUUAGUUCCACUGAACACCCCACUGCAAUAAAGGCAGACUCUUCUCAACACCUUAGGGAAACAGGGGCAGAUUUUUCUAGACACUUCACCACAGUAGGGGCUGAACCAUCUACAGCAGAAAAUGUGCAUUCCCAACACCACUCUGCAACAGAGGAAAACUCUUCUCAACAGCAUACUUUAAUGGAAGCAGACUCUUCCAUACCACCCACUACCACAGAAUGUGAAUCCUUACAAAAUGUUUCUUCAACAGAGGCCGACCAUUCUCAACACACUCCUGCAUCUAAAACAGACUGUUUUCAACAGCCGACUGAAGUGAGGAAAGAAUUUUCCCUGCACCCCACUUCUGCAGAAUGUAGAACUUCACAAAACUUCCCUAUAACAAAACAAACUGAUUCUUUCCAACAGCCUACUGCAGCAGAAAUUGAAACGUCGUACAACUUCACUACAAUUAAAGCAGCCUCUUCUCAACAGCCUACUGAGACAGGAGAAGACUGUUCUCACCCCCCCAUUAAGACUAAGACGAACUAUUGCAAACAAUCCAGUGGAGCAGAAAGCGAAGACUCUGAAAAACACACUGCAAUGCAGUCAGACCCUACUACAGCAAGAAAUAAAUCAUCCCAACAGUACUCUGCAGUAUCCUCAGACUUUUACAAACAUCCCCCAGCAGUAGGGGCAGACACUUCAGAACACCACACUGCGGCAGAGAAGGACUCUUCUCAGCUGUCUGCUGCAUCUGUGGAAGACUCUAUGCAAAACCGUGUGGCAAAAAAAAGUAAACAUUCCCUUAAACCUACUGCUUCAGGUACACAACACUUCAUGCAGCUAAAUGAUUCUGCUGCAACCUCUUCAAAACAUUCCAGUGCAAUGGAGAUAGACUCGUCCCAGCAGCCCACUGUGACAGCCACAGACUCUUUUCAGCACCCCACUGUAACAGCCACAGAUUCUUCUCAGCAACCCAUUGCAAAGGAGACCGACUCUUCUCAAAAGCCUAUUGGAAUGGAGACAGACAGUUCUCAGCAGUCCACUGCAUCAAUGGUAGACACUAUCAAAGAGUUUAGUGCAUCAGAGGCAGACACUCCCCAGUGCCACACUUCAACAAAAAGUGACCUUUCCACAGAACCUUUCAAACAGUUACCUUUAUUGGGAGCAGGCUCUUCUCAAAAGCCCAUUGCCACAACCACAGCUUCUACCCAGCAGUCAACUAUAACAAUCUCAGACUCUUCCCAGCAGCACACUGCAACAGUCACAGACUCCUCCCCGGAACCCUCUGCAAAAGUCACAGACUCUUUCCAGCAGCCCACUGUAACAGAGAUAGGCUCUUCCAGGAAGCCAUCUGCAGCAGACAAAAACUGCUCCCAGAAGUCCACUUCAAUAGCCACAGACUCUUCAGACACAGACUCUUCUCAGCAGCCUUUUGUAACAGUCACAAACUCUUCAGACACAGACUGUUCCCAGCAGCCCACUGCAACAGUCACAGACUCUUCAGACACAGACUGUUCCCAGCAGCCCAUUGCAAUAAUCACAGACUCUUCAGACACAGACCCUUCCCAGCAGCCCAUUGUAACAGUCACAGACUUUUCAGACACAGACUGUUCCCAGCAGCCCACUGCAACAGUCACAGACUUUUCAGACACAGACUCUUCCCAGCAGCCCACUGUAACAGAGAUAGGCUCUUCCAGGAAGCCGUCUGCAGCAGACAAAAACUGCUCCCAGAAGUCCACUUCAAUAGGUACGGACUCUUCAGACACAGACUCUUCUCAGCAGCCUUUUGUAACAGUCUCAGACUCUUCAGACACAGACUGUUCCCAGCAGCCCACUGCAACAGUCACAGACUCUUCAGACACAGACUCUUCUCAGCAGCCCAUUGUAACAGUCACAGGCUCUUCAGACACAGACUGUUCCCAGCAGCCUACUGCAACAGUUACAGACUCUUCAGACACAUACUCUUCUCAGCAGCCCUCUUUAACAGUCACAUACUCUUCAGACACCGAAUCUUCUCAGCAGUCCACUGUAACAGUCACAGACUCUUCAGACAAAGACUGUUCCCAGCAGCCCACUGCAACAGUCACAGACUCUUCCCAGCAGCCCGCUGCAACAGAGAUAUGUUCUUCCAGAAAGCUGGCUGCAGCAGACAAAGACUCCUCCCAGAAGUCCACUUCAACAGGCACAAACUCUUCAGACACAGACUGUUACCAGCAGCCCACUGCAACAGUCACAGACUCUUCAGACACAGAUUCUUCCCACCAGCCCACUGCAACAGUCACAGACUCUUCAGACACAGACUCUUUCCAGCAGCCCACCUCAACAAAUUCCAAUUCUGCAGGCACAGACUCUUCCCAGCAGCCCGCUCCAACAGAAAUAGACUCUUCCAGGAAGCAGGCUGCAGCAGACAAAGACUCCUCCCAGCAGCCCACCGGACCAGUAACAGACUCUUCAGACACAGACUCUUUCCAGCAGGCCACUAUAACAGUCACAGACUCUUCAGACACAGACUCAUCUCAGCUACCCACUGCAACAGUCACAGACUCUUCAGACACAGACUCUUCCCAGCAGCCCACUGGACCAGUCACAGACUAUUCAGGCAAAAACUCUUUCCAGCAGGCCACUAUAACAGUCACAGACUCUUCAGGCACAGACUCAUCUCAGCUACCCACUGCAACAGUCACAGACUCUUCAGACACAGACUCUUUCCAGCAGGCCACUAUAACAGUCACAGACUCUUCAGGCACAGACUCAUCUCAGCUACCCACUGCAACAGUCACAGACUCUUCAGACACAAACUCUUCCCAGCAGCCCACUGGACCAGUCACAGACUCUUCAGGCACAGACUCUUUCCAGCAGGCCACUAUAACAGUCACAGACUCUUCAGGCACAGACUCAUCUCAGCUAACCACUGCAACAGUCACAGACUCUUCAGACACAGACUCUUUCCAGCAGCCCACUGCAGCAGACACAUACUCCUCCCAGAAGUCCACUUCAGCAGGCACAGACUCUUCCCAGCAGCCCGUUGCUACAGAGGUAGACUCUUCCCAAGAGUCCACUGCAAAAGACACAAACUCUUUCCAGCAGCCCAUUGCAACAGAGGUAGACUCUUCCCGAGAGCCUACUGCAGCAGACACAGACUCCUCCCAGACAUCCACUGCAGCAGAAACAGAUUCUGCCCCUGAGGCCACUUCAACAGUCACAGACACUUCCCAGACGUCCACUGCACCAGAAAUAGAUUCUUCCCCUGAGCCCACAGCAACAGUCACAGACUCUUCUCAGCAUUCUACUGUAAAAGACACAGACUCUUCAGACACAGACUCUUCCCAGCAGCCCACUGCAGCAGACACAUACUCCUCCCAGAAGUCCACUUCAGCAGGCACAGACUCUUCCCAGCAGCCCGUUGCAACAGAGGUAGACUCAUCCCAAGAGUCAACUGCAAAAGACACCGAGACUUUCCAGCAGCCCAUUGCAAUAGAGGUAGACUCUUCUCCAGAGCCUACUGCAGCAGACACAGACUCCUCCCAGACAUCCACUGCAGCAGAAACAGAUUCUGCCCCUGAGGCCACUGCAGCAGUCACAGACACUUCCCAGAAGUCCACUGCAGCAGUCAGAGACUCUUCUCAGCAUUCCACUAUAACAAACAAAGACUCUUCAGACACAGACUCUUCCCAGCAGCCUGCUGCAACAACCACAGACUACUUCCAGCAGUCUUUUGCAACAGAGACAGACUCCUCCCAGCCUGCUGCAAAAGAGACAGACUAUUCCCAGACACACACUGUAACAGCCACAGACUCUUUCCAGCUGUUCAUUCCAACAGAGACUGACUUGUCCCAGCAGCUCACUAUAACAGAAAGUGAAUUUUCCCCAAAUCCCACCAAAAUGGAGACAGACACUUCCAAACAUCUUAUUAAAACAGAAAAUGAAUCCCUUCAAGACAUAACUGCAACAAAAUUGGACUGUGUAAAUGUGAAAAAAGAUAACUUAUCUGAAGCCUUUAGCAAACUAAUACCUUUUCUAGAGGCUAACAUUACUCAAAAAGACAAUAGCCUAUCUCAAAAUGCAGUCAUCACAGACUUAAGUUCCCCAGCUGAACAUUCCCAAUCUGAUACCAUUACACUUUGUGAUAGUCAAGAGGAACUAAACCAAACACAAGCAUGUAUAAUUCAUACAGUAAAAGACACAGACAAUGGUGCUUUUACUAUUCUUGAUUCAAUGGAGCUGAGCUCAACUCAGACUCAAGGUUCACCAGAACCUUGCCUGUCCUCUGAUGAGAUCAACUCAGCUCAGGGAAUAACACAGUUACAAUCUAGCUUAUCAUCAAAGCCUGAGAAAACAGAUGAGCGCCAAAAAUCUGACACCAUUAGACCGCAAACUCAUGAUACUUCAGCAAUAGACUCUCCCGGGGUUGAUAAAAUUAAACAAAGAGCACCAGAGGUAGAGAGCACUGUGACAAAAAUUGCAGAGGUGUCAGAAAAAUCAGAUUUGACUGUUCACAGUAAUUUAGAAAACCAGUCUUUUGUUGCAGAGAAUGCAAAAUCGAUUGUGUCUGCCCAUCAGACAUCUACUGCAAAUGUUAUCUCUUGCAGCAACCUUAGAGAUGACACUAAAGUUCUUCUAGAGCAAAUUUCAGCAAAGAACCAAAGCAGAUCUUCCAUGUCCAAGCAGACUCUAACUGCACCCAAUGAAGACAAAAAGGCUGUGGUUAGCACUGCAGAUAAAUUUUUAUCAAGUUGUUCAGGAAGGCCCUGGUCCUCCAAGUCUACAACAGAAGAGCGGGAGAUGUUACUACAAAAGAUGGCGCAAAUGCGUAAAGAAAGGAAGGUCUACAGCCGUUUUGAAGCCUCAUGAAUUAACCCAUUGGAAGAGGGGCUCGACUGAUGAACCAUAAGAGGGAUUUUGAUAGAUAUUUCAUAUCUAAAAGUCUGCCUGUACCUCAUAACUGUGAACCUGCACAAACUUGGAUUGAAGUGUUUUAUAACUUCUGAUUAUACCAAAGAGUACUGCCUAUAUUGAGAGUGGAAAUCCCUGCAGGGCUUAACAAGCUAUGCAGAUGAUCUGCAUGACAGGAACUUUACCAUCUGGAAUUAGCUUCUGAUAGGGCAGGCAUUUCUUAGUGUGUAUAUAAAUAAUAUAGCUGUGAUACACA